GGUCAAGUGGUUUGAUAGAUAUGCAAAAGAAAAAUCGCAAGACAAUCGAGACACACAGUGACUCUGUGUCCUCAAACCGAUUUUUGAUCUCACAUUCUUCCACGGCUCUUUAAACCCUUCAACACCGAUCUGAAUAAAUCUUCACAAAUGGGUUUUCGAUUUCAUCAAUUGCUUGAUUUCAGAGCCCUGAUUUGAUGAGAUGCAGCCAAGUAGUUUUUCAGCAACUCCAUUUGCUCUGAUUCCACUCGCUUUCAAUCACGGAAAUUUGAGCCCCGAGGGUUUUGAGCUUUCCAGGUUUUUGUUCCUAGGUUCGCUUCUGUUAUCUCCAGGAGGAGGUAGCGGCAGCGACGGUGCUGCUGGUGGUAUGGAUUUUUCAAAGGUUGGUGAGAAGUUUCUUAGUUCUGUCCGCUCCGCGAGAUCUCUCGGCUUCCUUCCUUCGACUUCAGAUCGGCCCGAGGUUCCAGAACGUGCUGCAGCUGCAGCAACCAUAGCUCGUGCACUUGCUUCAAUCCCUCCACAUCAGAGGCACAAUAUCUCUUCAAGCUCUAAAGAGCUGACUUCUAUAUAUGGAAGUGAGCCACAUGAUCAAGUACUAGAAGAGCUUGAGGAGGAAUUCUAUGAAGAGGAGUUUGAUCCUGUUCAACACACCUUAGAGAAUCUCCCAUCUGAAGAAAAUGAUCUUCCAUAUUUGGAGGGGAAGGCUGCUCUAAGAUUAUUACAACUGGAUAGAGUAACAGAAAGAUUAUCACGUCAAGUGAUGGAGAAUCAUGAAGUAAUGGUGAAAGGAAUGGAUUUGGUAGGAGAGCUUGAGAAAGACUUGAAGGUUGCAAAUGUCAUUUGCAUGAAUGGAAGAAGACACCUCACUUCUUCACGAAAUGAGGUAUCACAGGACCUCAUUGUUAACACAUAUUCUAGAAAGAAGCAAAAUCUUCUGGACAUACUUCCAGUUUUAUCAGCACUUCUUCGUGCAAAGGACAUGCAAGUAGAACUUGAAACCCAUGUCAAUGAAGAAAAUUUCUCUAAGGCAUUCCAAGUCUUGUCUGAGUACCUCCAACUUCUGGAUAGCCUAUCAGAGCUUUCAGCUAUACAAGAGAUGAGUCGUGGUGUGGAGAUAUGGCUUGGAAGAACUCUACAGAAGUUGGAUUCACUUUUAUUGGGGGUGUGUCAAGACUUUAAAGAAACAAGCUUUUUGACUGUGGUUGAUGCUUAUGCUUUGAUAGGUGAUGUUUCUGGUCUUGCUGAGAAGAUACAAAGCUUCUUUAUGCAGGAGGUUAUAUCUGAAACACAUUCAGUCCUUAAGAACAUCAUGCUAAAGGGUCUUGAAGCUGCUGAAAUUCAAAGCACUAGGCUCACAUACAGUGAUCUUUGCACUCGUAUACCUGAAUCCGAGUUUAGGAAGUGCUUAUUGGAGACUCUAUCUGUCCUCUUCAAAUUGAUGUGCUCAUAUUACACAAUUAUGAGUUUCCAUUCAGAGUAUAAGGUUUCCAUGGAGAAACAGAAACAAGAUGAUGAUGCAUCUGUUUCAGAAUCAAGAGAUGAUGGAAGUGAAGCUUCAAGCAGUGGAUGUGGGUCCCCAUGGUUUCACCUUCGAAAUGAUGCCACACGACAUGUUUCACAAACAUUACAAAGAGGUCUUAGGAAUCUUUGGCAACUCACAACAAGUCGUGUCUCUGUAUUACUCUCUUCUACUGCAGUUUCUUCAACAAGCAUGCAUCAGUUUUUAAAAAUAUAUGAAGAUCUCAACACCUUCAUCUUGGCUGGAGAGGCUUUUUGUGGGACUGAAGCAGUUGACUUUAGGCAGAAACUGAAAUCCAUUUCUGAAAACUACUAUCUUGCUUUUCACAAACAAAAUAUACAUGCUCUGAAAAUGGUUUUGGAAAAGGAGAGUUGGUUCAUGAUGCCACCAGAGACAAUUCAGGUAGUGAGUUUUGCAGGCCUUGUUGGCGAUGGAGCUGCAUUGACCAGUCAAACUGCCACCUCAGCUAAUUUAGUAAAAACUAGAACUAAACAAGGUGGAUUCUCACAUUGGAUUAAAACUGGGAAUCCGUUUUGUUCAGAGGCAUGUGAAAAAACCAAUGGGGUAUCUGUAUCUGUAUCUUCACAUAGUAAUGAUUUUAUUGAUGAGGAUAGUCAACUACCAAGUCGUAUUUCUAAGCACAAACAUUCAAGAAAUCACUCUUUAUCUGGUAGCUCUGAAGAUAUUAGAACACACACAGGGUCAUCAAUAUGCGUUCUAAGGCUGAUGGAUAAAUACGCAAGGCUAAUGCAAAAACUAGAGAUAAUCAAUGUUGAGUUUUUCAAGGGGAUAUGCCAGUUGUUUGGGAUCUUUUUCCAUUUUGUGUUUGAAAGCUUUGGUCAUCAGAACACGAAUCUUAGUUAUCGUCUUAAAACAAGCUUAUUCAGAAUAUCUCAAGAUUGCAAUCAGUGGAUAAAUUCUUCCCCAUCUCCUUCAGACUCCUUAAACAAGUCAUCAUUUCCUCUUAUGGACAUCACACCUACUAAUCCUUUUUCUACUCAUGUCCCCACCACCUCUUUUGGCCUCAAGGAAAGAUGCACAGGAGCAGACACUAUAUCUCUUGUUGCUCGAUUAUUAUACAAAUCCAAGCCUCAUCUUCAAUCGAUACUUUUGGCAAAUAAAUCAUCAAUCGUUGAAGAGUUUUAUUCAAAUUUGGUGGAUUCAGUUCCAGAUCUAACAGACCAAAUCCAUAGAACAACUGCAAAAUCACUUCUUCAUAUUAGUGGGUAUGUUGAUAGAAUUGCAAAUGCCAAAUGGGAAGUUAAAGAGCUUGGAAUGGAACAUAACGGGUAUGUUGACCUUUUAUUGGGGGAAUUUAAGCACUACAAAACAAGAUUAGCUCAUGGAGGCAUCCGAACAGAGGUUCAAGAUCUGUUAAUAGGAUACGGACUUGAAAAUAUUUCUGAUGUUUUAGUCGAAGGACUCUCCAGAGUCAAACGCUGUUCCGAUGAGGGUCGUGCCCUCAUGUUAUUGGAUCUUCAGGUUUUGAUGACUGGGCUUCAGCAUUUUGUGACUAUUAAUGUUAAGCCAAAGUUACAGAGUGUAGAAACUUUUAUCAAGGCAUAUUACCUUCCAGAAACUGAAUAUGUGCAUUGGGCACGUGCUCAUCCGGAGUACACCAAGAGUCAAAUGGUGGGGCUAAUAAACCUUGUGGCUACAAUGCAAGGUUGGAAAAGGAAAAGUAGAUUGGAAGUGUUGGAAAAGAUAGAGGCAGGAGGAGUGUAAAUUACUAAAUACAAUCUCACAACUCAAAAAAAACCCUCAUCAAUCAUCAUCAUCAUCAUCAUCAUCAUCAUCAUCAUCAUCAUCAUCAUCAUCAUCAUCAUCAUCAUCAUCAUCAUCAU